AACUCCCUAUUACUCAACUGUAAAAUAAAACAUGCUACAUUACUUAGUUUUCCUCUUUCCACACACAAGAAGAUCAAAACAACCAAAAGAAUGGCUUUUUUCGAGAGGGCAUCACCCGCAUUGAAGCACAUUUUGCUCCAACUCUAUAGGGAUGAUAAGCCUUUUGCAGUCGAUCACCACUUGCACGAAUUCGGAUCAUUGCAAUACCACAUUCAGUCGUAUGCUUCAGAACCACAUCAUGCUUACCUCUCUGUUUCAACUCCUCUUCUAUCCACCGGCUCUUCGAUCUUAUGUGAGCUUCCUUCUUCCACCAUGGAAACAGUAACACGAAUUUGCCCUGAAGUUGUGGAGAUCGUUGAUCCACCACGAACAGGAUAUCAGCUGACUCUUAAGCUCAGUUUCGCUAAAAUUCCAAGAAAAAAAGAUGCAGCGAAGAUUAUUACAGAGAUUGCAUCGGUGCACACGGUGAUACUGAGCUCUCAGCUACGAGAAUUGUUGGAGAAUGUUAAUGAUCAGGAGAUAACUCAGGGGACAUACAAACCGAUCAAACUUGUGUAUCAUCAACGGGAGCCUUUCUACGUCGUUAAACAGCCGGAAAAGUUGACGGCUGUUUUCCCGAUUCGGAUAAAAGAGGAUUCAGAUGUGGUUAUCGCAAAGGCGUUCUUUCAGGAGCUAGUGGACGUCGGAAGUUCAGGAAGAUUUGCCAAGGCACCAGCUUGCUACUGGUCGGCGAUUCCACCGGCGGAGUUGAGGGGAGAAUCUAUGCAAGAUUUGAGCACGAAUGGAGGGUUCGUCUCAUUUGAAAUCAUGGCACGACAUGUUGAAGGGAAGAAACUCGAGAAGACUGUAUGGAAUCUGCUCAAUUUCAAUGCGUUGGUGAAAUAUCAUGUAAAGUGCACUAAAGGGUUUGUGCAACGAAGAAUGAGAAGUCGUUUUGGAUAG